CCGCCCCCCCGCGCUGCGGCCGGGGCUCGGCCCCGCUCCCUCCCGCGGCGUAGGGAGCCGGGCCGGUGCCAGGGCCGCMGCCCGGCCGGGCCGCAGCCCCCGCCGCCAUGGCCCGCGUCUCGGCGAUGAUCAGCCCGGUCCUGGUACUCUUCGGCUGCGACCUGUGUCUCGUACGAGCCAACAGGCCACCGUCCCCUGUCAACGUGACUGUGACGCAGCUGAAGGCAAACUCUGCCACAGUCUCCUGGGACGUCCCAGAAGGAGACGUGGUCAUCGGCUAUGCCAUUCUACAGCAGCGGCAGGAUGGGCAGAUGCAGCGCUUCAUCCGGGAGGUGAAUACCACCAACCGUGCCUGUGUGCUGUGGGACCUGGCAGAGGAUGCUGACUACAUCAUCCAGGUGCAGAGCAUUGGUCUGUACGGGGAGAGCCAGGCUAGCAAGCGUGUCCACUUCCGCACCCUGAAGGAGACCGACCGCCUGCCUUCCAACAGCUCCAACCAAGGUGACAUCACCAUGGAAGGACUGGACAAAGAACGGCAGCUGCAGACUGGUGAGAUUAUUAUAAUCGUGGCUGUGCUGCUCAUGUGGGCAGCGGUGAUUGCCCUGUUCUGCAGACAAUAUGACAUAAUCAAGGAUAAUGACUCCAACAACAACAAGGAGAAGACAAAGCCGUCCUCGGAACAUAGCACACCAGAGCGACCAAGUGGAGGGCUGCUGCGGAGCAAGCAGAUGUCAGGAGGAGAAACUUCCUGUUUGGACUUCAAGGCCCCAGUUCCCCUCCAGAUUUUUCAGCUUGCUGAUUACUCCUUGUCAAAGAGAUCCCACCUCUUGGAUCCUUACUCCAAACUGACCCUGCUCUGCUGAGGUCUGCUGGUCUUGAUGCGUGCCGCAGGCUGAGGGGCUCUGCUGUGGGGUCUGAUUCCAGGGGCACUGCAAAGCAGGGUCUUAAAGCAGAUUUUUCUCUCAUAGAAGAAAUCUCCCUCUGUCAAUAUCAUCGAGGUGUAAAUGCAGCACCAGCUCUGCCGUCUGGGGUCUUGGGUGUCCUGCCAGAGCCAAAGCAGGACUUGGAAGAAGAGGCAGCACCAGGCACCCAGCCUGGAACUCAGCAUGCGACGUUCCACGUAUGAGAACUCCUGCUUUCCUGAGGGUACCUGUCCAGGGAUGUGCAUGGAGCCAGCUCCCAAGCCAUGCAUGCAGAGCAUGGCCCUGCCCAUCUCACACACCUGGCCCUCCUCCCCUACUGGUGCAAAGCACGGAGCUGAGGGUGGGUGGAGGGCCACACCACCCGCUGCAGUUGUGGGGAGCCACGGGGCUGAGGCACCGGCCUGAGGGGAGGCUAUGUCCUUGUGCACCAAUUUGGCCAAAGCUCCGGGUGCAGCUGUGGCACUCGAUGCCUGCCCAGCAUGAGGGGGCAGAUCUUGCUUUCAGGUGCCUGUGUGGGUUUGUGGAGAGCAGGAGCUGCUCCCCUCAGAGCCCUGGGACUAAGGGAACGGGGCAGUGCAGGCAUUGCCCCAGCGCUGCCAGGAGAGCUGUGGCCAGCUGGUAGGAAGGUUUGUCUGUGGGGCUGGGCUGAGCCCGCACAGGGGGAGAGUGGAUUGCUGCUGGAGAACAGGGCUCUGCUGCACCCUGUCAUGGCCGUGCAGGAGCUUUGAAACCUCUGUCUACUGCAGAGGACAAAGGCACAAGGGACGAUGAGGAGCUAGUGCUGUCACAAUGCCUGGCCAGCCCCCAGAGCCUGAGCUGUGGCAGAGAGUGCUGUGGGAGCGGGCAGUGCCAGGGCAGGGCUGUGCCUGUGCUGUGUCCCCAGUGGGGCUCAGUGCUGGCACAUUUCAGCUGUUUGAGGGGAGCUGCCAAUCAGUUUGUAAGSAGCACAGAGCCUCUGCUGCCUGUAGGAAAUAAUGUGGUGAGACCUGCAAGGUCUCAGUUGGAGGGAAUAGGGUGAAACAAGGAGGCUCCCUGCUGCCCUGGCUGCUGCUCUCCCUCCAUGCUGUGCUCUGCAGCCUGCCUCAUACAGGCUCUGCAGCCUUGGACUCAAGCAUCACAAGAUCCAGCGUCUUCCAGGAAUAAAUCUCCCAGUAAAAGCACUUUCAGGAUUUUUCCUUACAGGUGCUGCUCAGCUCUUGCUGCAGGACUAGGUGGGGAAGGGACAAGAUAAGCGACUCCUGUGGCAGGGUCUUUUCAAUAAAAACAUUCUGGCUCAAAGGCAGCAUCCAAGCUGCAGGUCUCUGUGUA